AUGGCCGAACUCAUAGACUUGGAUAUAUGUUCUAGCCCUCAGGGGGAAGUUGUAAAAGUUACCAGUAAUCCCCGAGCAAAUCUUAUGUUCUAUUUACACUGUAUCAGUAACGUUUUGGAUUUAAGCGAACAUCCUGCCGACAUAACCAAAUUAAGAGAUUACGAAAACUUUCAUCUUCUAUCCGACGAUGAAGUUGAUGACCUUAUUAUUCUUUCUGUGCAAUUUUACCCAGCGAUACUUAUAGACAAAUGUAUCAUAUUAAAUGAUGCGAAAUGUGGGAAAUACGAAAACAGGUAUGUGGAUCUUCCAGAUGCCCACAUGGAGUACCCGGUAGUGGAGACCAUGACGAUUGGUGGGGUCGAGUACCAGGUUAUGCGUGCUAUGUACUUCACAGUAACUUUCAUAGAGGAAUAUUACUACAUGCCAAUGUGUCAUUUCAAUGAUAGACUAGACAGGCUAAAAUCGGCUGCACGACGUUACAACGGCACUGACACAUGUUGUGCGAUCCUUUGA